AUGAUAAAGACACUAACUUUAGUUUGUGUGCUGAGUGCUGACCCUAAGAAUCCCACUUAUGAUUAUGGAAUAUCGUUCAACUUGUAUAUCUUUGAACUAUACGUCAUUUUCGAUCACUUUGGUUCUUGCUGGACGUUGUUCUGGUUAAAAAAGUCCAGAUUUUUCCAGUUGUGCAUAGAGAAUGCAGCAUCUUGUUCCUCGACGCUAGCUGCUGCCGCCAGAGUCAUUGGUGUCAGGGAAGAUAGCAAGAAUAAGAUCAGUGGUAUUGUGGAUGAAGAAUUGAGGCGCAGUAGAGAAGUUAACAGGAGUCUCUUUUCGUACGAUGGGAAGCCAAACCAGCAAAUUCAGGACCUCAUUUGGAACUACCUCUCAAAUCUCAACUGCUAG